UACUAUAAAGGAGGACAAGACGAGUAGUAGUAGUAGUAGGAGGAGGGAGGAGAAGAUGAGGAGAAGAAGAAGACAUCCAUAAACCAGUAUUGAUCUGGAUGGUUGCAUGUGUUCUCCUGCUGUUCUUUGGGUUAAACUAAUCAAUGGCUCUGAUUGGCUGUCUGACGUGUGUCAAAUGACCUCAUCCUGUGUUUUAAUAAGGAUUAUGAGCCGUUGUUUACUGGUGACGUGUUUGGCCAUGGGACAGGGGGAGAGGGGGCGGAGCCUCGUGUGUGACCUGCAGGGAGUUUACACGAGGCUGAGCUCUAGACCACCUAAAGGUUUUGAAAAAUAUUUUCCAGGAAGUCAGAAAACUCAAAAAAACAGUGACGACGGAGCAACGACCAAAGAGGCUAAACCGGCCAACGCGCAGAGAUCCUCCGGGAGGUCAGGAGGAGGAUCAGGAGGAGCAGGAGGAUCAGGAAAGCGAGGAGGCCGUAAGGAGGAGUCCCACUGGUAUAGCCGUCUGCAGAAGGGAGAUGUUCCCUGGGAGGAUAAAGACUUCCGGAUGUUCCUCCUGAGCGGCGCGGCCUUCUGGACCACCAUCACCUACUACUUCUUCUUCAGGGACGGAGGGCGAGAGGUCACCUGGAAGGACUUCCUCAACAACCACCUGUCCAAAGGAGCGGUGGACCGCUUGGAGGUGGUUAACAAGCGCUAUGUUAAAGUGGUCUUCUCUCCAGGGAAGACACCGGUGGAUGGGUAUGUGUGGUUCAACAUUGGCAGCGUGGACACCUUCGAGAGGAACCUGGAGACUGCUCAGUACGAGCUCGGCAUCGAGGGGGAGAACCGAGUGCCGGUGGUGUAUUCCACGGAGAGUGAUGGCACCUUCCUGCUGAGCAUGCUCCCCACGGUGCUCAUCAUCGGCUUCCUGCUCUUCAUGCUGCGGCGGGGGCCAGCGGGGGCGGGGCGCCCCGGCCGGGGGAUGGGCGGGCUCUUCAGCGUCAGCGAGACCACGGCCAAGAUACUGAAGGAUGAGAUCGACGUGAAGUUCAAAGACGUGGCGGGCUGCGAGGAGGCCAAGCUUGAGAUCAUGGAGUUUGUCAAUUUCCUGAAGAACCCCAAACAGUAUGAGGACCUGGGCGCCAAAAUCCCCAAGGGAGCCAUCUUGACAGGUCCUCCAGGAACAGGAAAGACUCUUCUGGCCAAAGCCACGGCCGGUGAGGCCGACGUACCGUUCAUCACCGUCAACGGCUCUGAGUUUCUGGAGAUGUUUGUGGGGGUCGGCCCCGCUAGGGUCAGAGAUCUGUUUGUCAUGGCGAGGAAGAACGCUCCCUGCAUCCUCUUCAUUGACGAGAUUGACGCUGUGGGACGGAAGCGAGGGCGAGGGAACUUCGGAGGACAGAGUGAGCAGGAGAACACGCUGAACCAGCUGCUGGUGGAGAUGGACGGGUUCAACACGGCAACCAACGUUGUGGUUCUAGCAGGAACCAACAGACCUGACAUCCUGGACCCGGCUCUGAUGAGACCCGGACGCUUUGACCGACAGAUCUACAUCGGUCACCCUGAUAUCAAAGGUCGAGCCUCCAUUUUUAAAGUCCAUCUACGCCCUCUGAAGCUGGAGGAGGACUUGGACAAAGACGCUCUGGCCAGGAAGAUGGCCGCCCUCACACCUGGAUUCUCAGGUGCCGACAUCGCCAACGUCUGCAACGAGGCGGCUCUGAUCGCUGCUCGCCACCUGUCAGACGCCAUCGAUCAGAAACACUUUGAGCAGGCCAUCGAGAGGGUGAUAGGAGGUCUGGAGAAGAAGACUCAGGUGCUGCAGCCUGAGGAGAAGAAGACCGUGGCGUACCACGAGGCCGGUCAUGCUGUCGCCGGUUGGUUCCUGGAGCACGCCGACCCUCUGCUGAAGGUGUCCAUCAUCCCCAGAGGGAAAGGUCUGGGUUACGCUCAGUACCUCCCCAAAGAGCAGUACCUGUACACCAAGGAGCAGCUGCUGGACCGUAUGUGUAUGACUCUGGGAGGAAGAGUCUCAGAAGAGAUCUUCUUCGGACGCAUAACCACGGGAGCUCAGGACGACCUCCGUAAGGUCACGCAGAGCGCCUACGCACAGAUUGUACAGUUCGGCAUGAACGAGAAGGUGGGUCAGGUCUCCUUCGACCUCCCUCGGCAAGGCGAGAUGGUUUUGGAGAAACCGUACAGCGAAGCCACGGCCCGGCUCAUCGACACUGAGGUCCGCGUUCUGAUCAGCGAGGCCCACCGGAGAACCCACCUCCUGCUGAGUGACAAGAAGCCAGAGGUGGAGAAGGUUGCGCUGCGCCUCCUAGAGAAAGAGGUUCUGGAUAAGAGUGACAUGGUGGAGCUGCUGGGGAAGCGUCCGUUCGUGGAGAAGUCAACGUACGAGGACUUUGUGGAGGGAACCGGCGGCCUGGAGGAGGACACAACGCUGCCGGAGGGUCUGAAGGACUGGAACCAGGAGAGGAAGGAAAAGGAGGAGAGCCAGGAGGACCAGGUGGCCCGGCAGAUCUCUGGAGGAAUGCCUUUCUAGAGCCCGUGGAGGGGUUCUGACGCAUCACUCGCACAUUUAUCUCAAAUAUCCUCCACUCCAUGAAUUCUCCUUUCACAGAGCAGUUCUCCUUCUCCGAGGCGGGGAACCCUCUCACAGACCUCCUUGUGGUUCUUGAACCCGGUGAAACAUCUGAGUUUAGGUGCUAGAUGUGUUCUCUGGUUCCAGUUAGUCCCUGGCUUCUCCACAAUAAAGCCCCCAAUAGACGGGUGAGGGUGUUCUGUCUUCAUCAUCAGCGCGGUCACCGUGGUAACUGAAUGCUAACAUGAAAGCUAAUUUGAGCUAUCUCUACCAAUCAGCCUUUGAUGAGUCAGUGAUCAGUGUGUGCUGUGGUAUGACGUCGUAACAAUAAUGUGUAUCUGUGUUCAUUAGUCAAUGUUUCAUCAUUUGAAUAAAUCAAUAAUUGAUCAACUGUUUUAAA